GCUUGUGCAAACAGAUGACAGUGAGGGGGGGAGUAUAUAAGCUCCAGCACAGCAGCCAAGAGCACAGUAACUAUUCCUGCACACUGAGCACUGCCCUCCCCUGCUUCUCUUUUGGAAAAGCAGAUCUUUUCUGAAAGCUAUGUACAGAGGAAUAUGUAUCUGUGUAUUACUUGCCGUGCUGUCUGCAAGCUCGACAGGACAGGACACUGUGGGCUCCAUGAAUAAAGACCUAGGGACCCAUGAUAUAAAACAGGAGAACCUUAUACAUCACCCAAGACAUAUUCGUGCCUCAUCCGGCCAGUUAAGAACCUUCCAACGCUUCGAUGGAAAUGGAGAUCAAAAGACCAACUUUGGGGCAAUGUUGGCCAAAUAUCUCCAGACCAGGAAAGGGCCUUCUUCUGGACGGUAUGCAGUUUUGCCAAGCAGACCCAUCAUUGACCCUACCCAUCGGAUAAAUGACAGAGAUUACAUGGGCUGGAUGGAUUUCGGCCGUCGCAGCGCUGAAGAAUAUGAAUACUCUUCUUAAAAUGCCCAACCCUAUAAAAACAUACUCCAGAUUCUGUACAGACUAAAUAAAUUAAUUUGUUGUCUUUACAAAUCAGUGUUCUAAACAUAUAUUUAUUAUGUACUUGUAAAUUUGUUUGUAAAACUUUACAAUGCAAUACACAUAUGCAGAAUUUUACAGAAACAUAAUUAUUUUUCAUCCUUUUUUUUUUUUUGUCUUUUUUAAUUUCAUAUCAUAUGCUACCGAUAUUCCGUAUUAAAAAUUAUUUAGUUUACCACCUUUUGUCAAUCCAAGUCCCUGGGUAUUGCACAAUAAACUGUAGAUGAAAAACUGCAAAUGCCUACUAAAUAAAAAUACUAAACAUAAAAACAAACAAAAAUAUAUAACUGCAGUGGCAGUUUUCCAAAAACUGCCAGAACAAAAACAAAGUGGAAACUUAGCCUGAGGGUACGUUCACACGGGUGGAUUUUUUUGCGGGUUUCCCGCUGCGUAUUCGAAAG